CAGCCGGGGCCUCGGGGAGCGCAGCGCUUCGCUCAGUAUCCGCCAUGGCCCGCACGCCUCUCCUCCUCCUCCAUCUCCUCCACCUCCUCCUGGCGCUCUGCACAGGUUUCGUGAGGUCUGCGCCCACUCAGCCGCCCUCGGCGUCUGUGGCCCUGGGCCAGACGGCCACACUCACCUGCUCCGGGCUUAGCAGUAGCUAUGCUACUGCCUGGUACCAGCAGAAAUCCGGCCGGGCCCCUGUGCUGGUUAUAUACGGUAAUAGCAACCGACCCUCCGGGAUCCCCGACCGGUUCUCCGGCUCCAGCUCCGGGAGCACGGCCACGCUGACCAUCUCCAGGGCCCAGGCCGAGGACGAGGCCGAUUAUUACUGUCAGAAUGCUUACUUUUCUGCUGGUGCAUUCGGCGGGGGAACGCAACUCACCGUCCUUGGUCAGCCCAAGGCAUCUCCCACCGUGAAUAUGUUCGCUCCGUCCUCCGCUGAGCUGGACUCCAAAAAGGCCACCCUGGUGUGCCUCAUGGGCGGCUUCUACCCGGGUUCUGUGACCGUGACCUGGAAGGCGGAUGGCGCCACCGUGUCUGAGGGCGUGGAGACCACCAAGCCCUCCAAGCAGACGGACAACAAGUACAUGGCCAGCAGCUACCUGACCCUGACCCCGGCCCAGUGGAAGGCGAAGAACAGCUACACCUGCCAGGUCACCCACGACGGGAAGGUCUUCGAGAAGUCCGUGUCCCCAUCCGAGUGCUCUUAGGCACAACUCCCCACCCCCGUCCCCCACCCUGUACACUUGUCACUCAGACCCCUCCAGCAGCCUGGCUGACCCCCAUCCCAUUACCCCUUAGCCUAAGGGGGAUACCCUCCCUUCGGUCUCCCACCCCUGCACCUUCACUCGGGCUCUGGUUGGCUAAGGCUGGGAAUGGACUUCCUGUCACUGUGGUCUUCCUUUCUGGGGCCGCACGGAAACCCCCUCCUUCAAUAAAAGACUCUUCCCUUUCUCAACCAA